GUGACUCAUGAGUGAGGCUGCUCACUCCUCUCUCUACAUCUGUGCCUUUCAGUUCCCCUGUGCUGCUCCAUCUCUCUCGACGGAACAUGAUACGUUUCUCUGAUUAAACUGGGACUUGAUCAACAAUGUUGCGCGUCAUUGUUGAGUCCGCUAGUGGGAUCCCCAAAAAGAGGCUUGGAAAUCCGGAUCCAUUUGCUACAGUUGUCUUUAGAGGUGAAAAGAAGAAAACGAAAGCAAUUGACAGUGAGCUGAAUCCAGAGUGGAAUGAAGUCCUUGAAUUUGAUCUGAAAGGAUCUCAUUUGGAUGCCUCUUCAUUCAUGGAAAUAAUUGUAAAAGACUAUGAAACAAUCGGAAAACACAAGUUCAUUGGCUCUGCAAACAUUUCAUUAAGAGACUUGGCCAGUGGUAAUGUGAAGUCCCUCCCAUCCAAGAAUCUGCCCUUGAACAAUGAGAAACAACAGUACAUUGGGGCAAACAUUAAUUUGCUCAUUCGAUAUGAGCCACCUGCCAACAUCACUCCAAACCUGAAUGAGCAGUCUGAUGCAGACAUGUCAAACAUAGACGCUGCAGGCAGCGAGGAGGAUGAUGAGGGAGUGGCAGACACAGAAGGCGGAGGUCAGGGUGGAAGUCCAGGAAUUCCCACUUCACCAAACCAGCCAAAGAAACCCUGCCAUAAACCAAUCCGUCAUGGCCGUACGAGGUGCAGAGCCCUGGCCAAUAAGCCGCAGGACUUCCAGAUUCGGGUUCGGGUUAUCGAGGGUCGGCAGCUGCCUGGCAACAACAUCAAGCCAGUUGUUAAGGUGAAUGUAUGUGGACAUCAACACAGAACGAGAAUUAGAAGAGGAAAUAACCCAUUCUUUGAUGAGAUGUUUUCCAACAACGUUAACAUGCUUCCCUCUAAACUGUUUGAUGAGAGCAUUAGUCUUCGGGUUUAUGACUCUAUCUCCCUCAGAGCUGACAGUCUAAUAGGAGAGUUUAAGCUGGAUGUUGGCUACAUCUAUGAUGAAGCGGGUCAUGCCAUAAUGAGGAAAUGGCUCCUCCUGAGUGAUCCUGAUGAUGCCGGCUUGGGGCCCAAAGGUUACCUGAAAGUCAGCAUAAUAAUUGCAGGCACUGGAGAUGAGCCACCGUCUGAGAAGAGAGAGCUAAGUGAUGAGCAGGACGACAUAGAGAGUAAUCUUUUGGUUCCAGCUGGAGUCACGAUGCGAUUGGCCACCCUGACUCUUAAAGUCUAUCGUGCCGAGGAUAUGCCACAGAUGGAUGAUGCCAUUAUUCAGACAGUAAAGCAAGCCAUUCGAGGAGACUCAGACAGGAAAAACUUGGUGGAUCCAUAUUUGGAAGUCAGUUUUGCUGGGAAGAAGCUGUGCACCAGAAUAAUUGAGAGAAAUGCUAACCCAGAGUGGAAUCAGCUCAUCAACCUGCAAGUCAAAUUCCCAUCCAUGUGUGAAUGCAUCAAACUGACCAUGUAUGACUGGGAUCGUUUUAGCAAGAAUGAUGCCAUCGGAACAACUUAUCUGAAUCUGAGCAAAAUGUCUUCCUCUGGUGGAGUGAUUGAGGAAGCAUCGGCUGAAAAUGGCAACCCAGUCACUGAAUUGAACACUGCAGCAUCGGAGGUCGGUUUUCUCCCAGCUUUUGGGCCUUGCUAUGUCAAUCUGUACGGUAGCCCAAGAGAAUUCACUGGCCUGCCUGACCCGUACGACGAACUGAACUUAGGAAAGGGAGAAGGGGUGGCAUAUAGAGGAAGGGUCCUUGUUGAACUGUCCUCGCAGCUGGAUGAAAAGAUUGAUAAGAAUUUGGAUGAAAUCUCUAGUGAUGACAUCCUUGUGGCAGAGAAAUACCAGCAGAGGAGGAAGUAUUCUCUUUGCGCUGCUUUCCACAGUGCAUGCAUGCUACAACAGCCAGGAGAGCCAAUCCAGUUUGAAGUCAGCAUUGGUAAUUAUGGAAACAAGCUGGAUUCCACCUGCAAGCCCCUGGCAUCCACAACCCAAUACAGCUUUGCUGUGUUUGAUGGUAAUCACUACUAUUACCUUCCCUGGGCUGACACUAAGCCCGUAGUGAUUGUCACUUCCUACUGGGAAGACAUCAGCCACCGCCUGGACUCUGUCAAUGUUCUCCUCUUCGUUGCUGAGAGACUGGAGUCCCGCCUCAUUUCUUUAAAAACAGCCAUCCAAGCCAAGGUCCCUGAUGCAAGCCUGAGAGAGAUUUGGCUCAAGCUCAUCAACCACAUGGUUGAGGAUCUUAGCAGUCUCCAGUUUCCAUCGCCGGAGGGUCAGCACAACAUUACAGAGCUGGAUCUGGAAAUGAAAAGACUGCGUCAUGCUGCUGUGGAGAGUAUCAAACAGAUGGCUAUUCACAUGAGAGAAGAGGCCACAGAUGUCAAGGCUACUGUUGGUGACAUUGAAGACUGGCUGGAAAGAAUCAAGCAGCUGGCUGAGGAGCCUCAGAACAGCAUGCCAGAUGUGAUCAUAUGGAUGCUGAGAGGAGAGAAGCGGUUGGCUUAUGCCCGAAUCCCAGCAAACCAGAUCCUAUACUCUAACUUUAGCGAGCAGGCCUGUGGAAAACACUGUGGAAAGACCCAGACCAUCUUCAUGCAGUACCCCAUGGACAAAAACAAAGGUUUGAAGAUCCCUGUUCAGCUGCGGGUCAACAUGUGGCUCGGCCUCUCUGCUGGUGAAGCGAAGUUCAAUAGCUUCUCAGAGGGAGACUUCAGUGUUUAUGCUGAAGUGUAUGAAAACCAGGCUCAAGUGUUUGGCAAAUGGGGAACCACCGGCCUGGUUGGUCGCUGUAAAUUCUCAGAUGUGACUGGAAAGGUGAAGCUUAAGAAGGAGUACUUUCUACCACCACCCGGAUGGGAAUGGGAGGAGGACUGGUUUUUUGAGCCUGAGAGAUGUUUGAUGACGGAAGCAGAUGCAGGCCACACAGAGUUUACAGACGAAGUAUUUGAAAAUGAAAGCCGUUUUCCAGGUGGGGAGUGGAAACCUGCUGCAGAGCCAUACACAGACGUGAAUGGAGAAAAAGCCCAGAGCAAAGAAGAGUUUGAAUGUCCACCUGGAUGGACCUGGGAGGAUGCCUGGAGCUUUGACAGCAACAGAGCUGUAGAUGAGAAAGGUUGGGAAUAUGGAGUUACCAUUCCCCCUGAUGAUAAACCCAAAUCUUGGGUUGCGGCAGAGAAGAUGUACCACGUCCACCGCAGGAGAAGACUCAUAAGACCAAGAAAGAAGAUAUCUGAUACAGUGGCUGCUGUCGAGCGACGAGAACCAGGAGAAGGCUGGGAAUACUCUUCCCUGAUUGGCUGGAAGUUCCACAGGAAGGCGCGCUCAUCUGACACCUUUCGUCGUCGCCGCUGGAGGAGAAAGAUGAUCCCAUCACAGGGCACCGGUUCCUCCGCCAUCUUCAAACUGGAAGGGACAUUAGGGGUCGACGUUGAUGAAAAGGCCAGUAAAACGGAUGCAGCCAAGCUCUUUGGUGCCAACACACCCACAGUUUCCUGCCACUUUGCCCGGUCUUACAGUUAUCAUCUGAGGGUGUAUGUUUAUCAGGCAAGAAAUCUCUGUGCCAUGGACAAGGACAGCUUCUCAGAUCCCUAUGCCCAUGUGUCAUUCCUACAUGUGAGCAAGACUACGGAAGUCAAAAGGGCCACACUGAACCCCACAUGGGAUCAGACUCUUAUCUUUGAGGACAUUGAAAUCUAUGGAGACCCACAGACCUUUGAGCACAACUGUCCUGAUGUGGUCUUGGAGCUGUAUGACCGGGAUCAAGUGGGGAAAGAUGAGCCAAUGGGUCGAUGCACAUGCCCCCCUGUGGUAAAACUGAACCCCAGUGUGGAUGUCAGUACCAAGCUGUGGUGGUUCCCAGUCACCAGAAAGGGUCGCAGUGCUGGAGAGGCACUUCUUGCUGCUGAGCUCCUACUGAAAGACAAGGGCAGUGAUGGAGAUCUGCCUCUGGUGCCUCCUCGGCGGGGGGAGAAGCUCUACAUGGUUCCUCAGGGAAUCAGGCCGGUAGUACAGCUUACUGCGAUUGAGGUCUUGACGUGGGGAUUGAGGAACAUGAAGACUUACCAGUUAGCCACAGUGUCCUCCCCGAGUUUGAUAGUAGAAUGUGGUGGCGAGAUUGUUCAAACGGCUGUAAUGAAAAACUUCAAAAAGAACCCCAACUUCCCUGGAUCAGUGCUGCUACUCAAAGUGCAUCUUCCCAAAGAAGAGAUGUACACCCCUCCCAUUGUACUGAAGGUGAUCGACCACAGACCCUUUGGUAGGAAACCUGUGGUGGGACAGUGCACCAUUGACUGUCUGGAGGACUUCCGAUGUGAUCCGUAUCGCCGUAAUGAUGAAGUCGAAGCCUGCAUGUCUGCUAGAGGAGCAAUGAUAACUGCUGUCCAUGGAGAUGUUGUCAUAGACAUUGAGGAGAGACCUAUUGUGAAAACUGAGCUGCAAGAAGAAAAGGAGGAGGAGGCAGUAGACUGGUGGAGUAAGUUCUAUGCCUCUGUUGGAGAGCAGGAAAAGUGUGGGCCGUACCUGAAUAAGGGAUACGACACAUUACAGGUCUAUAAAUCUGAAUUAGAAAAGGUUGACCAGUUCCAGGGACUGACUGAUUUCUGCAGGACUUUCAAACUUCAGCGAGGAAAGAUUGAAGAUGAGGAAGAUGAUCCUUCAGUGGUGGGAGAGUUCAAGGGCUCAUUCAAGAUUUACCCACUGCCUGAUGACCCAGAGGUCCCUUCCCCACCUCCCCAGUUCAGAAAGCUUCCCGAGAGCGAACCACAGGAGUGUCUGGUCAGAAUAUAUGUGGUGCGCUGUAUUGACCUCCAGCCCAAGGAUAGAAAUGGCAAGUGUGACCCAUAUGUUAAAAUUACACUUGGGAGGCAAAGACCGGAUAACAGAGAUAACUACAAACCAAACACCCUCAAUCCAGAGUUUGGAAGGAUGUUCGAGCUGUCCUGCUUCAUUCCUCAAGAUAAGGAUCUGAAGAUUUCUGUGUAUGACUAUGACAUGGUGACCAGAGAUGAGAAAGUGGGUGAGACGGUCAUUGAUUUGGAGAACAGACUCCUGUCCCGUUUCAGGUCCUGCUGUGGCCUACCACAGACUUACUGUGUGUCAGGGAUCAAUCAGUGGAGAGAUCAAAUGAAGCCCUCUCAGAUCCUCCAGAAUGUGGCCAACAUGAGACAUGUCCCGCCUCCACGCAUAGAGGGAGAUGGAAGCUCCCUGUCUUUCUCAGGAAAACAAUACAACCUGCAAGAUUUUGAAGCAAACACUGUUGUCCACUCACACUUGGGCCCAGCCAAAGAGAGGCUGGCCCUGCAUGUCCUCAGAAACCAGGGAUUGGUACCAGAACAUGUGGAAACCAGAACCCUGUACAGCUCCCACCAGCCAAAUCUGCCCCAGGGACAAAUUCAAAUGUGGGUGGACAUUUUCCCCAAGUGCCUUGGUUUGCCAGGACCUCCGUGUGACAUCAGUCCACGCAAAGCCAAGAAGUACUUCUUGCGGGCCAUCAUUUGGAACACAACUGAUGUCACUCUGGACGACACAAGUAUCAGUGGAGAAAACAUGAGUGACAUCUAUGUCAAAGGAUGGAUGCCAGGAAUGGAGGAGGACAGGCAGAAGACUGAUGUCCACUACAGAUCCCUGGAUGGAGAUGGAAACUUCAACUGGAGGUUCAUCUUCGGCUUUGAAUACCUGCCUGCAGAACAGCUGUGUGUUGUCUCAAGGAAGGAGCAUUUUUGGAACCUGGACAAAACUGAAUUUAGGAUUCCUCCUAAAUUGACCAUCCAGAUAUGGGACAAUGACAAAUUCUCCCUGGAUGACUACUUAGGUUCAGUUGAGCUGGACCUACUCAAUCUGAUCCCCCCUGCGAAGACGCCAGAAAAGUGCAGCCUGAAGAUGCUGCCAGGGAUGGUUGGAUCUGUCAUUGCCAAAAAACCACAGCCCAAGUCACUGUUCUCUCAGAAGUCUGUGCGAGGCUGGUGGCCAUGUGCAAUUGAGCAGGAUGGGAAACAUGUGCUUGGUGGUAAAGUAGAAAUGACACUGGAAAUAGUGGAGGAGAAGGAGAUGGAGGAGAGGCCUUCUGGGAAAGGUAGAAAUGAGCCCAACAUGAAUCCCAAACUGGAACCACCAAAUCGCCCGGACACAUCGUUCUUCUGGUUUACAAACCCUUGCAAGACCAUGAAGUUCAUAGUCUGGCGCAGAUUCAAGUGGCUUUUCAUUGGAGGGAUUUUUCUCCUGCUACUUGUCUUGUUCGUCGGGAUCCUGCUCUACUCCCUGCCUAAUUACAUCUCAAUGAAGAUUGUGAAGCCUUUCUCCUAGGAAACAUUGCAGGGAAGCUGUGCAUCUUACUGCACCAGAAUCUUCAGUCCUGCUCACUGUUAUCAUGCCUCAGAAAAAAGCAGUAACUUUCUUUGUUGAUGCCAUUGCAGACUGACCUUCAUCGUUGUCCUGUCAUAUAAUGACAGAUUUGUCAACAUUUUAUUUUUGCACUUUCAGUAUUACUUAAAUGUCACAUGCAAAAUACUAAUACUUUCUCUUAUGUUCAACUUUUAAUAAAAAUAAAGAAUGUGAAAAUUUUAAUAAAUUCA